AUGACCCAGUGCCACCAGAGACCACCCAGUGCCACCAGAGACCACCCAGUGCCACCAGAGUCCAUCCAGUGCCACCAGAGACCCCCGGUGUCACCAGAGAUUACGCAGUGCCACCAGACUCCACCCAGUGCCACCAGAGACCACCCAGUGCCACCAGAGACCCCCGGUGUCACCAGAGAUUACCCAGUGCUAAAGAGACCACCCAGUGCCACCAGAGACCACCCAGUGCCACCAGAGUCCAUCCAGUGCCACCAGAGACCACCCAGUGCCACCAGAGACCCCCGGUGUCACCAGAGACCACCCAGUGCCACCAGAGACCACCCAGUGCCACCAGAGACCCCCGGAGUCACCAGAGAUGACCCAGUGCCACCAGAGACCACCCAGUGCCACCAGCGUCCACCCUGGGCCACUAGAGACUACCCAGUGCCACCAGAGACCCCCAGUGCCACCAGAGACGCCCAGUGCCACCAGAGAUUACCCAGUGCUACAGAGACCCCCCAGUGCCACCAAGACCACCCAGUGCCACCAGAGAUUACCCAGUGCUACAGAGACCCCCCAGUGCCACCAAGACCACCCAGUGCCACCAGAGAUUACCCAGUGCUACAGAGACCACCCAGUGCCACCAAGACCACCCAGUGCCACCAGAGACGCCCAGGGUCACUAGAGAUUACCCAGUGCCACCAGUUUCUUUGCGUGUUAUACACCCCCAGUGUCACCAGAGAUUAUGCAGUGCCACCAGAGUCCACCCAGUGCGACCAGAGUCCACCCAGUGCCACCAGAGACCAUCCUGUGCCAGCUCAUGUCCAGAGUAUGUGGACAGGUGUUAAGAUCCCGAGUGUGACACAGAAUGGCUGUUAUCGCUCAAAUGUCCAACUUCUGGAAGUAUUCAUCCGAGUCUAA